CGUGAUAAGUUGACAAUACAAAAUUCGGUGCUCUCAUGUUAGGUAAAUAUUAACAUGCGAAUGUGUACAAUUUGACAGUGCGCAUUAACAUGCCACGUUCACCGUAUUAUUUUCUUCUUAUUUGAUUAGUGAAAUUGCAACAAGUGGUACACCAAUUGACGAACAUCCCCUCUGCAGACUAAAUGGAAGCAUGUUCAGUAGCUAGCGUUAAGAUUUUUACGAGUAUCAUGAUCACUUGUCAGUAAAUAGUGAAUACAAAUGUCAAGAUGAGAAGUACUUUUUGUACAUUCAAUAUGGUUCAUGCUAUCACUGUCCUCACGAUUCUGAAAAUGCUGGCAGACGCUCAGACUACUUGCAACAGAGGAUUAGGAAGAGUAGUCUACGAAAGGUUACCUGAUCAACAACUGCAAGGCUUUGAUGAUGAUGUGGUACGCGACUCGGCACCUCCAUUCCGAGUUUUAGAAAAAUGUCAAGAACUAUGUCUGAGGGAUAGAACAGCGACAAAUAAUUUAGUGCGAGCUUGCACUAGUUUUGAUUUUCAACCAGGAAGUAGAAUAGCGUCAUUUAGCGAGGCGGCUGAAUAUGAGGACAGUACUUGCUAUCUCACUAGAGAGCAAGCCCAACCGGAGGGUAUGGGAAAUUUGAUGAUGGUGCCCAACAGCGUUCAUUUCACGGAAGUGUGUUUAACAUCAAAUCGAAUAGAAAGAGAUUGUCCCAAUCGACGAUAUGUAUUUGAAAGGCAUCCACGGAAAAAAUUAAAGCUACAACUUACGGAUGUGAAGGAAGUAACAGCUGCUAAUCGAACUGAAUGUGAAGACAGGUGUCUAAACGAAUUUAGUAUCGUUUGCCGAUCAGCGACGUAUGAUGCAAAUUCAAGAAGUUGUUCGUUAAGUAGAUUUACGAGACGUACACAUCCAGAUCUAUUAGAAGAUGAUCCUAAUUCAGACUAUUUAGAAAAUACUUGUCUGACUGCCGAACGUCGCUGUGACGGUUUGACAGUCUUCAUAAAAGAAGAGAAAAAGCGGCUCCGAGGUCCUUUUGAAGUUGAUAUUUAUACAAAUUUAACUCUGGACGAAUGUCAAGCUCUGUGUCUUAGAGCGGAAAAAUAUUUUUGUCGAAGUGUGGAAUUUGAUGAACAAACUCGUCAGUGCGCCAUUUCCGAGGAGGAUUCUGUCUCACAAAGGGAUGACAUAGGCGAAAGCACUAGUCCGAGCUAUCACUUUUAUGACUUAGUGUGUUUAGACAAUCAUCCCUCCAUAGCACGAGGUUCCGAAUAUCCUGACAAUAGUGCAUCGUCGCACCUGUUCACUGAUGGACGUCGCCCGGACACAGCUUUUCAGAGGUACCGGAACUCCCGCCUGAGCGGAGAAUUUCACUCAGAGAUCACCGGAAGAAGCCUGAGCGAGUGUUUGGAAGAGUGCCUGAGGCAAACAAGCUUCCAAUGUAGAAGCGCCGUUUAUUCUGAGCAUUUUCACACUUGUCGCCUCAGCAGGUUCAGCCAGCGUGACGGACAUAGAAUUAUUUACGACGCCGAUUAUGAUUACUAUGAAAAUCUCAUGCAUCAAUAUCUGGAUGGUGAACGCGAUGGAGCUUCGCACAGACCUGAUCCUUUGGGCCAAGAUACCAAUUUCGGACGACCUUCCCUUGGCCGACCAGUUUCAGUGUACCUAGACGAUUAUGAGAAACCUUAUGCCGGAGGCGAAAAAGGCGAUCGUUUUCCCGGAAAAUAUCCUCUCCCGCCUGGGCGAUAUCCACCUGUGCAUAUUCCAAUAGGAGGUGAACGCUAUUCUGGUGAAUCUCAUCGAUAUUCCUUUAUUGAUCACUAUCCACCUGAUAGUGGAUAUCGGCUUGGAGGCCGAUACCGUCCAGUUCCUGAAAGAUAUCCAUCGCAUCCAGAACGAUAUCCACUAGGUCCAGAUGGAUACCCUGAAGAUAGGUAUCCUGGAGAUGGAUACCCUGAAGAUAGGUAUCCUGGAGAUGGAUACCCUGGAAAUAGAUUUCCUAUAAAUCGACCUUCAGUAAAUGAUAAUAGAAUCCCACUUCGGGGACCAUAUUAUCCUUAUACUGGAACUUAUGGCGUGGAAAGAUAUCCACUACCUAGUAACCGUUUUCCGAAUGUUCCUCCUACUAGACUCCAUCCUGAUAAGAGUGUUCCACCUGCUUCUGGUUUUCCCCCUGAUUACGACUCUUAUCUUAUGUCAGAAAACCCACGUUAUCCGGUUGGAAAUACACAGCACUCGGGUCGAUACCCCGCAGGGGACAGAUUUAUAGAUAAGGAAGUUUUCCCAAAGAGAGAAAGAUAUCCUGGAUUCAUCGGGAAAGAAUAUCCAGAACGACCUCCACCGUACUACGAUGGGCCAUCUUUCAGUCCAGUGAGACCCUUACCUAAUGAAGGAUUCGGUGAAGAUGGCAUCGUGGGUGGCGGGUACAUAGGUGAAGGAGGAAUCUACCACGCCAGACCAUUCGGAACAGCUGGCCCCAUAAUUGGAAGACCUCCUUUGCUUGCACGAUGCGAUGAACAAGGGAACUUUCGUCGUGUGGGGCAGAGGAUGCGGGUACGAAAACCAUUUGUUAGACGAUACACUUCAGCUCCUUCUGUAGACCAAUGUGACCGUGAAUGUGUUGAUGCGAGAGACUUCGUGUGCAGAUCCUUCAACUAUAAAUCCUUCGGCAGUGCCUUUGCCAGUGAUUCAGAUAAUUGUGAAUUAAGCGAUAGAGAUUCACGGGAUAUGGAUAUAAAUAAUCCUGUUUACUAUGAUACGUCAUCAGAUUUUGACUUUUAUGAGAAAAAUGAUGGCAGACAAGUACCUAGUGGAGAAUGUCUUGAUGUGACUCAGUCUUGUAGCGAAGAUGGAAUGGAAUUCACUUUAAAGACGCCAGAAGGUUUUAUUGGAAGAAUAUACACAUAUGGAUACUAUGAUCGCUGUUUUUUCCGCGGUAACGGCGCAACAAUAAACGUCUUACGCAUCAGCGGAGCUCAAGGAUACCCGGAUUGUGGAACACAACGGUAUGGCGAUACAAUGACAAAUAUCGUAGUAGUGCAAUUUUCGGACUACGUGCAAACCGCAAGAGAUAAAAGCUUUAAUCUUACGUGCCUGUUCCGAGGUCCUGAUGAAACAGUUGUAACUUCAGGCUACAUUGGAGCCGGAAGAUCAGGAGCUCCGAUUCCGAUCGAGUAUCUUCCAGCUGAGAACACUUUAAACAACCGCGUUCGUUUGUUAAUUCUUUACCAAGGAAGGCCAACUACCACUAUUGCUGUUGGAGAUCCACUUACAUUUAGACUUGAAGCUAACGACGGAUCCAUUUACUCUGCUGACAUUUUUGCUACAAAUGUCGUUGCAAGAGACCCAUAUUCCGGAAGAAAUGUCCAACUAAUAGAUAGAUAUGGGUGUCCUGUCGAUAAUUACGUCUUCCCUGGUUUGGAUCGCCUUAGAGAUACUGAUAGUUUAGAAGCUCGCUUUAAUGCCUUCAAAAUUCCCGAGUCUAACUUUUUGGUCUUCGAAGCCACUGUGCGUACCUGUGCGAAUGGUUGCCAACCUGCUUAUUGUUCUUCGAGUGGCAGUGCUGGAAGGAGUGAGCCUUCUUUUGGAAGGAAGCGAAGAGACUUAGAAUAUGUAUUGAUUUCAAACAAGAACGAAACGAAGGAAAAUGUUACGGUUUUGUCAUUAUUAUUGGACGAUACAAAUAAUAAAAACAAAACUGAUGCACUGGUUGAAGAAGGCGAAGAAGAAUAUGUGAGAAAAAUGAUCGAGGUUUUCGCUUCACGAAUGGAUAUGGACGUAGAAGAAAAUAGCCUAAUCGAGAAACAAAAAAUAACAGUGGAAAAAAUUUGCGUAACUUCAAACGAAUAUUAUGGUCUCAUCACCGCAGUAAUAGUUCUUGUGGUGUUUCUAGCUUGUGUCGUUAUUUUAUCGAUACUAGCAUAUUGGUGGAACGAUAACUCUAUGAUGAUAAAACAUCGAAAUAUUGAUAGGUCUAAUAAUCAUAGUCGUAAUCAGGACGAUUCUUACAGCACAAAAUCCGUCAACUUUUCCUUUUUGAGACCUGGUCUCCAAAAAAAUACUCCUUCUUCAACACUAAACAGUAUAAUGACACAAGGCGCAAUGCCACUAGGAAGUCAUACAAGUAUUGCUGGUAUUGUUUCCAAUCAACGAAGUAAUCUUGAUCCUAGCGAACCCAUUUACACCGAUCCAUCACUAUUUGAAUUUGGUCGAUCUGCGUUGAUAGGACCUAAAGCUAUGCGAAAUGAUAACGUACAGAUAAUGUAAAUUUUUUAGAGAAAUGUAAUAAAUGUAACUAUUAUAUAUAUAUUCGAAAUGUUCAAACACUCUAUUCGAUCAGUUUGUUUCGAGCAAUUAAUAAAAACUCAUCUAAAAGCGACGCUAAAUCAACCGAAUCGAACAUUCGACUGGUCGUGAUAUACUGUACUUCGUAUGAAAUAAGUUUUUUAUAUCAUAAAAUUAGUCAAGAAGUAAUAAGUAAUUAAUUUUAAUAUUAGCAAAUUUUUUGAUUUUUCGUAAUAAAAUUUCUUAACAAUUUUAACAUGCGUAUUUUUAAUGUUGGAUAAAGAAGUAUAAAUAUUGCUUCAUUUUUUUCACCUAGAGUAGCAUCUAAUAAAAAAAAUGUAUAAUUGAAUUUGAACAG